AUGUUCGGCCUCGGGGGACCCGAUAUCAAUUGUCAUGAGAACCAAAACUCCGAUCCGGAAGUUAAGGUAUACCCCAAAGUAUCAGACGAAGAUGCACCCUACUCAAUCGAGGAGACCUCUCUACGCUCAGCCAUAUUUAUCCCAAGCGACUUCAAGUUUGGCCAUCACGGAAAAACGCCCGUUAUUCUUGUCCCAGGAACAGGCACAUACGGCGGCGAGGCCUUUGAGCCCAACUUUGCCAAACUGCUGAAGGCAAGCACAUUCGGAGACCCAGUCUGGCUCAAUAUUCCCGGUCGAAUGUGCGACGAGGCCCCGAAGAAUGCACAAUAUGUCGCCUAUGCCAUCAAUUACAUUUCAUGUCGUGCUCAGAAGAGCGUUGCUGUUGUCGGUUGGUCACAGGGCAAUUUAUCCAUACAGUGGACGCUGAAGUACUGGCCCAGCACCAGAGAGAAGGUGAACAAUUUUAUCUGCCUCUCUGCAGACUUUGCCGGCACUAUCAACGCAUGGGGACUUGUUCCAUUCAGUGGCACUCAGCCUGGAACACCGGCUGUGUGGCAUCAGACUCGUAACUCGAGCUUCAUAGCUAUGCUUCGCUCCAAUGGUGGUGACUCUGCAUACGUGCCAACAACUUCGAUCUAUUCAGCCACAGACGAGGUUGUCCAGCCGCAGUCAGGACGAAAAGCAUCAGCUUUCAUGAAAGAUGAGAGGAAUGUUGGAGUGACGAAUUGUGAACUGCAAGUGGAGGCCCGUUUCAAGCCUGCAGGCUUGAUCUACACACACGAAACAGUGAUGUACAAUCCUCUUUCCUGGGCCUUGGCCGAGGAUGCAAUCAAGAAUGGGGGCCCUGGGAGAUUUGAUCGGAUUGAUAUGCAUAGUGUUUGCAUGCAUACUAUGGCGCCGGGGCUUAAUAUUUUGGAUGCGACAAAGACACAGGCACUGGCUGCGUGGGCCUUGAAAACUAUUCUACUAUUUAUGCCCAAGCCUUGGCAUGAGCCGGCUCUUCCUUUGUUUGUUUCUCAGGAGAAGAAGACAUAUGUGCCAGAGCCUGUGGAUGAGACUGCUCCUAAGACCGCGGUUGCUGUUUCGGCGGUGGAGAUGACGGCAUAG